AUGUUUGAUGAUGUCGACAAGGCAUGGGACAAUUGGAAAGAUAAAUUUAUAUCAAUUGUCGACAAUCAUGCGCCACUAAGAACUAUACGUGUAAGAAAUAAACCAGUUCCUUGGAUUAACAAUACGAUCAAAUUUCAGUUGUAUCAAAGAGAUAUGCUGAAGAAAAUUGCUAAGCGUACUGGAAAGCCGGACGAUUGGACCAACUAUAAGAAAGCUCGCAAUAAAACAAAUUCAGACGUGAUCACUGCGAAACGUCGUUGUUAUCAAAAUAAAUUAAACGAGUUUAAAGACGACUCAAAAG